GGGCGAGUGCGUCCCGCAGCACCGCAACUGCGACGGCCGCCGCGACUGCGCCGACGGCAGCGACGAGGCCAACUGCACGGACGCGGAGGACAGCCGCUUCUGGGACCACAUCUUCAAGAAGCGACCGACGGCGGACUUCGACGAGGAGCCCGGACUCUGCGAGCUGGAGCGCGCGCCGGCCGAGUGCGUGUGCCGCGCGAGGGCGCUGCUGUGCGAGCACGCCGGCCUCCACGCGCCGCCCCGCGGCCUCCCGCAGCGCGGCCUGCGCACCCUGGUGCUGUCGUUUGCCGGCGUGCGGCGCCUUCGGCCGGACGCCUUCGCCAACCGCCCGGCGCUGCGCAACCUGCACCUGAACAACAACGGCCUCAAGGAUCUACCAGACUUCGCGUUUCCCCCUGGAAAUGGUUUGUACAGGCUGGUGCUGGGCCACAACGCGCUGCGCCGCCUGCCGCCCGCCGCCUUCCGCUUCCUGCGGCCGCUGCGAGAGCUGUGAGUGCAGCGCCGUCACCUGGCCAAGAGCAACGUUGCUUUGUGAAGGGAACACGUUCCCAACUGUGAUGGCAAACUGGGUGCUAAAUUCCCAUAAUACCACACCCUCGUGAUGCGUAUUGACAGCAGUCCAUAAACCACUG